AUGGAAGAACAAGAAACUUAUAACCUACGGUCAUCGGGAUGUUUGCGUUUCUUGACAGGGUAAAUUCCCUAUACAAUUCUCCUAAUCUCUCGACCGCAACGAGGUCGCCUGUAGGAUUCGCGGAGGAACGCCAUAAAUACGGGAGAAACGGUCCUUUCCAAUUCAUUCCUCGCGUUCGACUCGUGGUGCAACGACGGAACAACAAGUGUUACAGUUCUCGUUACAACACAGGUACGCGUGUUCAUCCCAUUUUAAAUGCGACUGGUGAUUAUUACACAAGAUAUAUAUCUUCAUAAUCGAACAGAAACGUUGAGAAACGAAAAACUUUACGUUGAAAUUGAAAUCCUUUAUUUUGGUAUUCAUUUGAAGUAAUUACACGCACGGAACUUUUCCCCCGAAUUUAAAUAAGUUUAUGAAUUUCACUUUCGAAGAUUAAAUUGAAAAGGUUUUCUGCCCCCUCGGAGAAUUAAGAAUUCUGAGUUUCGAUUCUGACUUCUAGAAUUAAAGAUUCGUGCAUUUUGCACGCGAUCAUCUGAUCUGAAAGCACAUAUCGAUUAAUCAAUGCACGUUUGUCCUGUGUGAUACAUAUAUAUAGUUAGUUAUUUUGGGUUAUUUACUUACAAAAAUAAAACGAAAAGGAAUAUUUUUUCACUCAAUACUUCGAGAUUGAAAAUUUAUAUCGUUCGAAUAAUUGCAAGCAAUACUGUCCACGCAUAAUUAUACAUUAUAUGGUACAAUUAUGAUAAAUAUUGUGUACUGUUGAGUGGAAUCUUCGAAUACGAUCGAAAUUAAAUUGACAGACAUUUAUUUAUCGAGGAGCAUUAGCCCUUGGAUAUAGGAAUACGGAAAGAAAGAAAAGGAAGAAAAUAAAGCAAAAAGCAAAAAGACUACCUUCAAGAUCGGUAGUAUGAUUUUACAAUCUGUACAGCUGUGUUUUACAUUGUUUCAUUAUGUAUAGGUCGCAAAUAUUUCAUCAGAAGUCGAUGUAAAAUAAAGAAAAAAAGGAGUAGUUUAAGUGUUUAAAAAUUAUGAAAAAAAGUCGUACAUCAUAGCGAUAUUUCGGAGUAUAGUCAAUGUAACACAGAUUAUUAUUAUUAUUCGAGGUUUCCAUUGCUGGAGCAACAUCGUACAUAAUUCUAUGAAGAGAUAAUUACGAUUUAAAUAAUACAAUUUAAUAUCUUAUACAUUUUUCAGAAAUGAGGAGAUUACAAAUUGUACUAGUUUUCUUAUCAAUAACGAUGUGCAGUAUCCAAGCGAUAGAGGCAAAGGACACUUCUACGGUAAGGUAACUUCUCCACACUUGUUGCAUGUUGUAAGAAUUGAACGUUCUAAUCUACAAUAUAUAAGAAAAUUGAUGAUAUUUUCACUGAAUGAAUUUAUUAUUUCCCUCCUUUCUUUCCUCACCGUACUUUGAAUUGUCACUUGUGAAUUCUUCUGCAUUUUAACGAGUAAACUCUUGAAAGUUUUACGCCAACUAUCGUUAUUGAUUACGAUAAGGAAGGAAAAAAGGAAGGGAAAUAAAGCAAGAAAAAAAGGGGAAAUAUUCGCAUGUGCAUUGAAAGCGGGUACGGUUAUCUCUCUAGAGUCGCGUUUCAUCUUCCAUAAUACUUUUUACUCGCUUCGCAACAACGCAUCUAUAAGGAAUGAAUUUUUUGUUCUACGUUUAAAUGUCACGAUCGUUCAACGCCCUCGCUAAUGCUUAAAAUAUAUAUUCGAUAUUUUAGACAAGCGUAGACAGCGAAGCGACACCAAUGUUAAUUUCGGAUGUGCAUUGCUUGUGGAAGCAUGGGGGACGGGUGUCGCAUGAUCGCCCCGUUUACAUCGAGAUCGAUGACGAUUCUUUACGAGGGCCUGCUAUCAAAUCAUUGAAACUCACACCUUUCGUAGUAACCAGGUACAUGGACCCAAGUGGCAAACAAUCGCAGCACGACACGUCGACUCUGGGAAAGCGACUGGAAACCGAGCACGUAGAAUGUAUCCUGAAUCCUGCUGUGUAUCGCAAAUUAUUGGAAAGAGACGGUCACAUUGUUUCGCGUAACUCGAAGAGGCGUUACCAUCGUCGGCAACUAAGCUGGAAACUGCAGAAUCCAUUCUACGUGGAGGAACCAAAUUGGGUCGAAAUAAACAACGACGGCAGGGAGAAUCAUUCGCGUCAUAAUCUCGAAACUGUCGAUCCGUACAUCAUUUCCCGAGGUAAAAAAUUCCACGAAAGAUUAACGAAUAUCGUCAACGACACGAGAAGUGAAGAGUCGUCGAUCGAGUACGAAGAUCUGCGUGUAAUCCUGGCGGACGAUUUGAAGACGAUGAGAGACAGAAGAUCGACGAACUUGAAUUCACGGCUCGGGACUUUAAACAGAAACAGCGAUGAUCACGACGAGGAUGAUAAUGGUGAUCGAAGGGAGGAAAAUUUAAAAAAGGCAGAAAAUGAAGAAAAAUUGGAUGAUAUCGUGGCGGGUUAUUCAAACACGCGACUCGAAGAAAAUAGAAACGAAGAAGACGAAGAACAUUUAACAAAUACAAAGAAGAGAUCUGCCGACGAUCUGAAAUUAAUUAACAACGAAAAGCCAUUAUUUGCGGGGCGAGAUAGAAACGAAUUCGGGGAAUUCGAAAGUGGCGAAUCGACGUUUAACAAGCAGGGGGACAAACGUGGAUUGAUUUUUAAAAAAACGCCGUACCGUUCCGGAGAGGAGAUAGUCUCACGUGCGAUUUACACGCCGGAGAAGACAUCUCGCAUGCCGGUCGAAUUGGCUACCGCUUCGGGGAAUGCGAUUGGCGAAAAGAGUAAUUCUCUUUUAUUCCGCGUUCGAAUGAAACGUGACUCGAAGCCGGCGAACAGUGCCGUCGUAAAGAGCAUUGCGGUCGAAUCUGCGUACCGGCCAAAUCGUGUUCGUAAAAUGGCCAAUUAUUUCGAAAGAGAGCGAAGAAAUGGUGUCGGAGGACUUGAUGUUCUGAACGACAUACUCGAGCAACCCUAUUUCAUUUCCAGGGGCAAGAAGAUUAAUGACAAAGAGGUGAAAAAAAUAUCAUUCGAAUCAGAAGGACCAAAAUCGACGAUGGACAGUAUUAUAGGUGGAGAAAAGUUGAGGCAGGAUCGUAUGAGCGAAAGAGAGAAGAGGAUAAAGGGACUGGAAGACCAUUUUGGGAUCGACAUGAAGGGACUUGUUAAACUAGAGCAGCCUUACUUCAUUUCCAGGGGCAAGAAAAAUAAUUACGCAGACGACGGAAGAAUAUUUUUUGAACAAUUAAAAUCAGAAAUGGAUGAUAUUGUAAGUAGAGAGAAGUUGAGGGAAGAUUUGAAAUGUGAUUCGAGUAACUAUGAGGAUCGUACGAACGAAAGAGAGAAGAGGAUAAAGGAGUUGGAGCAUCAUCUUGGAGUUGAAAUGAAGGGGAUUGUUAAAGACUUGUUGACUAACUUUGAUCCUUAUUAUGUGGCUAGAGGUAAAAGAGUGUUGUUGCCAUCGUUGAACGAAUCGUUUUGA